GAAAUCUCGGAGUGAAUCCUAUUGGCAAGGGUUGUUUGCCAAAACUAGUGCGGUGCUUUGACGGAGUUCAAGAGGCCGAGACUUAGUGGAUUCGGAAAUCCUUGAGGAGGAGCCUCGAGGUUUGUCUUCGGAAGACAAGAGAAAGCUAUCAAUGAAUGCAAAAGCAAUUAACAUUUUGCAUUGCUCUCUUGGUCCCGACGAAUUCGCACGUGUUUGCUCUUGCAAAACGGCUAAAGAGGUGUGGGAUCUACUCCAAGCUACACAUGAAGGAGACACCUCAACAAAACAAACCAUGAUAGCCCUCGGGAAUUCGGAAUACGAAUCUUUCAAGAAAGGGUCAUGUGAGACAAUCCAAGACAUGAACAAGAGGUUCAACGAGAUUGUCAACAAAUUGAGUAAGUUGGGUAAGACGUAUACUACUUCCGAGCUUAAUACGAAAAUUCUAUUUUCUUUACCUAAAGAAUGGCAUAGUAGUAUAGUGGAUUUAUUACCCAAAUGUGAUAAGGCCGAAACCGCCCACAUUUGGUCUUCCUUGUAUUCUCACGAGCUUUUGUUGAGAAAGAUCAAAGAGGAAGAAAUGCGUGAAAAUCCAAAGCUUACCAACGCCUUCAAAGCUUCAAACGACUCAUCUAGUGAAGAGUCAAGUGAAUCAAGUGAUGAUUCAAGCAACUCAAGCUCUACGGAAGAGUCGGAUGAUGAAGAAGACGAAGAGAAGGCAAUGAGAAAUAAGUAUACGGAUUUCCUCAAAUGGAAGAAGUAUGUGAAGAGGAAAGAAACAUAUAAAAAGCCAAAGAAAGAGCGACAUAAGCCAAGUAUUUCAGAUAGCAUUAGUUAUGAAUCAAAGCAUACAGCUCCACAUAUCAGAGAAUGGCACCUAAAUACAACACGCCGUUCUGCUGCUGGCCCAGCCGAACCUCGGGCCCGGGCCAACCUUGCCUCCAUCACCGACUCCCUCAACCGGCUUCACUUCAAAGUUGACGGGAUGGAUGGCUACCUUGAGCGGCUCGACGAGGCUAUUCAACACCAAGGGCAUGCCAUGAACGCGUACUUCCAACGCGUCAACUACGUCCCCCCACCGUACCAAGGCACGUUCCUUGGGCAAGUGUACGGUGACGAGGACGAAGAGGAUGGCUCCUACGCCCCGUCAAGCUCCCCGGAUGAAGACGAGUUCGAUGACGUCGUUGACGGCGAUGAGAUGGACGUCGACGACGAGGAGGAGGAAACCGAAGCCGAAGACUAGGACACCCCUAGAAAUUCUAUCUUUUUUUCUCGUCUUGUUUUUUUAAAUGCUUCCGUUGUACUCCGCUAUUUCCCAAUUUAAUAAAUAAAAUCAUCUUUUAUCUUUUUGUUAAUGUCAAAAGGGGGAAGAAAAGGGUUAUGCAUAC